CACCCAGCGCCGCAGCGGGUUACAUUAAAGAUAGUGUAUAUAUAAUAGUGUUUGGUUACAUGCACACAUACUUUGAAUGAGCGAGAGGACGAUAUUGUAGCAGAUAAUAGUUUCAGCUGUCAUUUAACAAGCAUGUCUUCAGCUGAGAGUCUGAGAGAGUUGGUCAACGAGCGACUAACCGCUGCUGCUGAAGAAAUAUUCAGAGCUGUUAACAAAACUGUCGUCGAGUACGAGCAAGAAAUCAAGCGUCAGCGCAUACUGUUGGACGUCGUUUGGAAACCUGAAAUAAAGCUACACAGGAUAGAGCUCCCUCAGCAACAUGCCUUUAAGGAGGAGGAGGAGGGUCUCACUGACCAGCAGCUCUGUGUUCAGGAGAGGAGCUCCAGUCUGGACCAGGAGGACCCAGAGCCUCCACAGGUUAAAGAGGAACAGGAGAGAGGGCAGCUUGUGCUGAAGCACGAGACUGAUGACCUAAAGUUGGCUCAUACAAAUGAGGAAAGGGACCACAGUGAGGAUGAGAAUCUGAACUUCAGUACUGAUGACACAAGUUCAGAAGAGACAGAUUCUGUCUUCAACAUGCCAGUUAUAAUCUCUGUGGUAUCAGAAGCAAACAGUGAGCACCAGCUCCUCUCUCACAACGCUCAUGAAGCUGAGGGCCACACUCAGAAAGGAUACAAGGAUAAAGAUGCAGGAUUAGUUAGGAGUGCGAAGCCAAAACCGAAGAAGAGACACUCACACAAAACCAAAAGUCACAGUAACAACGUAGACAGCCGUAACUCGUCAGAGAUCCACCGUAAUACUCCCACAGCUAAAAAGCCUUUAAAAUGUGACACAUGUGGAAAAGAUUUUAAGUACAAUUCAAUAUUGCAGAGGCACCUCAAAACCCACACAGGCAAGAAGAAGUACACUUGCAGAACAGAGGAAGAGCCUGUCGUCAACAUGCCGGAUACAACAUCUGUGGUAUCAGAAGCAGACAGCGACCACCAGCUCCUCUCUUACAACUCUGAUGAAGCUGAGAGCCAAACUCAGGAAGGAGGAGAGCAUGGAGACGCAGGAUCAAUCAGGAGUGCGGAGACAAUACUAAAGAAGAGACGCCACAAAAGCAAAAGUGACAGUAAUGAAAAACCCUUCAAAUGUGACACGUGCAGGAAAGAUUUUAAGCUCAAUUCACGACUGCAGAAACACCUCAAAACCCACACGGGUGAGAAGCAGCAUGCUUGCAAGACCUGUGGAAAAGAUUUCAUAACAAAUAGAGCCCUGAAGGUCCACACUCAAAGGGUCCACUCAGGUGAGAAGCCGUAUGUUUGCAAAACGUGUGGAAAAGAUUUCACAACAAACGGUGCCUUGUCGGUCCACAUUAAAAGAAUCCACACAGGUGAGAGGCAGUGCCUUUGCAAGACCUGUGGGAAAAAAUUCUGGGAUGUUUCAACAUUGACAGUCCACAUGAGAAGCCACACCGGUGAGAAGCCGUUCUCUUGCAAAAUAUGUGGGAAAGAUUUCACAGUACGUUCUGCUUUGUCAUCCCACAUGAAAAGAAUCCACGCAGGUGAGAAGCCGCACGUUUGCAAGACCUGCGAGAAAAGCUUCUUUGCCCUUACAGGCUUGAAAAAGCACAUGAUGAUCCACACUGGUGAGAAGCCGUAUACGUGCAAAACAUGUGGGAAAAGUUUCAGACUUAGUGGGGACCUGAAAAUCCACGCAAAUACCCACACAGGUGUGAAGCCGUACCCUUGCAAGACCUGCGGGACCUCAUUCUCACGCAUUUCAGCGUUGAAAAACCACGAAAGGAUCCACACUGGUGAGAAGCCGUUUACUUGCAAAGAUUGUGGGAAAUGUUUCAGACGUAGCACUCACUUGACAGCCCACAUGAGAAUCCACACAGGUGAGAAGCCAUAUUCUUGCAAAACAUGUGGACAAGAUUUUGCGCGUUUGGAAACCUUGUUGAUCCACAUGAGGACCCACACAGGUGAGAAGCCAUACGUUUGCAAGACCUGCGGGAAAACAUUCACCCACCAUACAAACUUUAACAUGCAUAUGAAAACCCACACUGGUGAGAGACCGCAUACUUGCAAAAACUGUGGAAAAGGUUUCAUAACUAGUGGUGACAUGAGAAUCCAUAUGAUACGAGCCCACACUGACAGGAGGCCGUACGCUUGCACGACAUGUGGCAGCGCUUUCAAAUGUUAUCAUGACCUUAGAGUCCACGUGAGAAUCCACACAGGCGUGAAGUCGUGCGUUUGCAAGACCUGCGGGAAAGGAUUCUUGGACAAUGCAAGAUUGAAAAGCCACAUGAGAAUCCACAGUGGUGAGAGACCAUAUAAGUGCAAAAUGUGUGUCAAAGAUUUCAGACAUCUUAAUUCCCUGAAAAAACACAUGAAAAGCCACGCUGGUGAGUAGACGUACCCGUCAAGAUCUGCAGAAAAACAUUCUUGUUUUGUCUCGUACGGCAAAGCAUAUAAGAUGACAUACAAACCAGUAGCCCUGUGUUGGCAACAUAUGUGUGAGACAGGUCAGUUGUGUCACUUCAUGGUCAAAACCUACAAGAACUGACAGAUGUGAGGAGCCACAUAAUCGCAGCACUUGUGGCAAAAGUUUUUCUUAAAUCACAUUCUUGAAAAGGUGAAAGGUUCCCUUCAUGUGACUGUAUUACCUAGCAAACAGUUGUUAUCUUCGAAAUUAAUGAGUGCACAGUAGUUGCUUUUAAAGUGAUGGUGGGGUCAUGACUCAUGAUUGUGUUCAGUUUUGUCAAAUAGCCGUUAAUGAAGUAUGUCAGACUCACUUUUAGUUUAAACUAUAACAAGGACUUAAAUCCACGUACCUCGAGUUGUUUUGAUCGUCCUAUAUGAAGCCCUCCGCAUGUUUGCAAGAAGGGAAUUUUCCGUUUGAGAGUGACUGACAUCACCGUUUAUUUAUUACCAUAUAUUAAGUUCUAUUAAAUGUUAAUGUGCCUCCUUUUUGCUGUUUUCAUACACUACGUCAUUUAUAUGCUAGCCAAAUUGUUGGCAUUUUUCCUCCAUAGAUUACGAAUGGUUAAUUGAUUGUUGAAUUAGUUCAUGGUUAAUGCCAAUUAAUUGUAGAGAAUAAAAUGCCAGCAAGUGUAAAUGGAACAAACCCUACCUCAUGUGGGAUCUUGAGUGUUAGUGACUAAUGGACAGCUACUUAACAGAGACAGCAAACUAGCUGCAUGACAUGGGCAAACACACGCAUGAUGCUCAAUAUAUUUAACUGUGUGGACCUUGAACUAGUGACUAAGGAGAAAUCUGGACCCUGUGGCUGGACCAGUUGGGAACCACUGUUCUAUAUGAAGCCUCCUGCACAUCUUUGUGAGAAGUAAAUGUAACAUUUGAGAGUGAGUGACAUCACUGUUAAGCUCUAUUAAAUGUUAAUGUGCCGCCUUUUUGCUGUUUUCAUACACUAUGUCACUUAUAUGUCUUAAAUGUUUGGCAUUUUUCUAGUAAAUUAUACAUUUUCUAGUAAAUAAUGAGUCAUGAAUUGAUUAUCAAAUUAGUUUCUGGUUAAUGCCAAUAAUUUUAGAUUUGGAGAACUUUUUAGAGAAUAAAUUGUCAAAAGUUGUAAGUGGGGCAAACCCUACCUCAUAUGCUUUCAGGACUUAGCACUACAGCAUCCUGUGGAUUUUAGAAAUAUAAUGAAACGGUUUGAAUAAGUUCAGUUACUCUGGGAAAGAUGCAGACAUUGCCUCAGCACUGCUGAUUUUCAUCUUUGUAGUCUGUGAUUGUUCUUCGUCCAGCCCAUGUUGCGGGUGUUGGAGCCCUGGCUGUUAAGGUCAGUGUUGUCAAUGUGGAUGGCAAAGGAGUGGAGGAUGGAGUUCAGAUGCUUUGUUAUAUUCUGAGUAGACCUUUUUAUUUUUGAUGGCUGGCUUUUUUAUUCAUUUUACUGCAGGUUUUCUUUUUCUUUUGUUUAUGUCAUGGUGUAUCUCUUUGAGGCUGAUGCUUGCCUGUCAAUCAACCUCUGGGGGUGGGAUCAGGAUCAGGCCAAUAAAUCCAGCAGCAUCAUUAGGUUGAAUUUCAAUUUGUCCGAUACAUUGCUUUGUAGCAAAUACAUUCAAAACCAAUGGCAUUUCCAUCAUCCUCAGCUGUAUGUCUGUGACUUUGGCUCCUGUGUUAACACAUUAUUCUGUGAGCUCAGAGAGCCUUUGUUCCUGCAAAUGCAGACCAAACCACUGUGGUUAGUAAACAGCCAUUAAGCUACACUAUGUGCGGCAUUUCAUUUCCUUUUCCCAGAACUCAUUCAGACAAGACCACUCAGUUAUGGGUAUCAUGUAACCUGAUCAGUGGUCAAUGACCUGAGAAGUUCAUUGCAGUCUGCUUAAAGGUCCAGUGUGUAGGA